CGUCACACAAAUACGGAAGUAACUCAUUAUAAAAAUGCAAAUAAAUACUAUCGAACUGAACUUCAACAGCUAUAUACAUUACGUAUGGAUUUCUGCUGACGUCAGACGUUAAAUUGUCUGUUUUAUUUAGUCAUACAGCAAGCGUCACAGAUUUCUUUUCUUGUUGUUUUUUGUUUUGCUGUUGUUGUGAAAGCGCCGUGAAGCGGCCGGGUGAGUCAUCAGCUGAUCAUCAGGUUAACUUUCCCAUCACCUGGCAAGCGGGCAUAUGUAACACAGAAGCUGCAGUGUAAACAGCGUUACAAGACGACUGCUUAUUUCUUUGAUCAAGAAAAGUAAGAGUUCCUCGUGGGAAAACGAUGGCAGUCCCGAUGCCUGCCACGUUACAUUUGAAUUCUCCGUCAAGUCCGGUGGCUCUACUGGAGCCCAACAUUCACAUCCGAGGACAAGAUUCCGAUUUGGGAAGCUUCUUUAACGACAAAGAAAAUGACACUUUUCCCUUACAUUCCGCCUGGACCUUCUGGCUUGAUAGAUCUCUACCAGGAACUACAGCAGCUGAAUGUGAAUCCAAUCUGAAGAAAAUCUACACUGUGGCGACCAUCCAGAACUUUUGGAGAGUUUAUAACAACAUACCCAAUGUCGCAAUCUUGCCUCUAAGGUGCAGCUAUCACCUGAUGAGAGGUGAAAGAAAACCACUUUGGGAGGAAGAAAGUAAUUCCAAAGGUGGUGUUUGGCGGUUGAAAGUACCAAAAGAAUGCACAUCUGCUGUGUGGAAGGAAUUGCUUCUGGCCACCAUUGGGGAACAGUUCAGCGAUUAUUGUGCAGCAGAAGAUGAAGUGGUUGGUGUCAGCGUAAGUGUAAGGGACAGAGAGGAUGUUGUUCAGGUGUGGAAUGGAAAUGCCUCCUGUGCUGAUGAAUCCAAAGUUUUAGGGAGGAUCUAUGCGCUCCUUCCACAGACGCCAUUUAAAGCAGUGUUUUACAAACCUCAUAAGGAGCAUCACGCUUUCGAAGGAGGUCGAUCACGAUAUUAGCACGUUCUGCACUUUAAAGCACAUUUUGAAACAGUUGAGUUGAAGCUGUUUAAUCUCAUCAUAAUCACCUCAUAAAUAUUGCUGUUAUAUUAUGGCAAGAAAACGAUACUGUAUCAGAGAAAAUUGCUUUUGUUUCUGAUAACAAAGAAGUGUUUUUAUAAUGUACUUUUUUUUUCAAAAAUCUGUCCAAAAUGCAGAAGGUUGUGUACUCUACAGUCAUGUGAUUUUUCUUUUUUAGUCUUCAGUGAAGUUUCUGUAACACAAUCAGAACUAAGUCUUUGUCUCCGAUAAAUGUCAUACAUCCGUUAAAUCUUUUGUAUUUAAGGGUCAAAAUCAAGUUUUCAAUUUCACAACAUGCUACUAAACACAGAUACUGAAAUAAUGAUGACACUCUCUUACUUUACAUCCAAAAUAAGUCACUCUAUAAAAUGUGGGCCUUAUUGCCUUAACAAAAAUCUGUUUUAAUUCCAGAAAGCCAUGAUUCAUAGGGUUGUAUUUAUCUAACGGACGAGCAUUUAAUUGUACUGUCUUUCGCUAAGCAUUGCUAGCAUUGCAAAGUGAAUGAAAAUAUAAUUGUAAUACCGUAUUUUUCGGACUAUAAGUCUCACCUGAGUAUAAGUCGCACCAGCCAUAAAAUGCCCAACGAAGGGGGGAAAAAAACAUAUAUAAGUCGCACCAGAGUAUACAGUGGGGCAAAUAAGUAUUUAGUCAAGUACUAAUUGUGCAAGUUCUCCCACUUGAAAAUAUUAG